CAGAGUGAUAUAAGCUCAUGUUGACACAACACCAGCUUUUUAUGUGACAGGAGAAGCAAGGAAAACACAGGUUUAAUUUAGACAGACUUUUGCCCUCGAUAUCAGAAUGGAUUCAAUCUUUUCAGUAUUUGGAUCUUAUGUUGACUGGGAUGUCAAAAGUCUGCUGCUCUUCACUGCAGUUUUCAUCCUCACUGCAGAUUUUAUUAAGAACCGUCGGCCAGACAGCUUCCCUCCAGGACCCCGGGCAUUUCCUAUUGUGGGCAACAUAUUCACUUUGGAUUACAACAGGACCCAUGAGAGUGUAACACAGUUAGCCGGGAUAUAUGGAGAUGUGUACAGCCUACGAAUGGGCCAGACAUGGAUCGUGGUGUUAAACGGGUUCGAGGUUCUUAAAGAAGUUCUGGUAAAUCAGGGAGACAGUGUAGCGGACCGCCCAUAUCAAGCUCUGAUACAGGACAUAUCCCAUGAGCAAGGUUUAGUUUUCAGUAGUGGGAACGGAUGGAAGCAGCAGAGGCGUUUUGCACUUACAACCCUCAAAUAUUUUGGAUUUGGCAAGAAAUCCCUUGAACUCGUCAUCUUGGAAGAAUUUACAUAUUGUGCAAAAGACUUCAGAAGCUAUAAAGGUAAGCCAUUCAAUCCACACCUCAUCAUCAGCAACGCUGUCUCCAACAUCAUCUGCUCCCUGGUGUUUGGUCAUCGCUUUGACUACAGUGAUGAGAAGUUCAUGAAACUGAUGAAGUGGUUUGGCGAAGCUCUCGAAAAGCAAGUCUCCAUUUGGGCCCAGCUUUACAACGCGUUCCCUCUGCUGAUGAGACGUUUGCCAGGGCCCCAUCAGACAGUCAAGCACAUCUGGAACAAUACAAAGGACUUCAUAAGAGCAGAGGUUAAGGAGCACAAACAGAACUGGGAUCCCUCAGACCGAAGAGACUACAUCGACUGCUACCUGAAUGAGAUUCAGAUGAGUAAGGAGCAGGCUGACCAUACUUUUGAUGAGGAAAACAUGGUUAUGUGUGUCUUGGAUCUGUUUGUGGCUGGCUCUGAGACCACAUCCACCACCCUGCGCUGGGCUUUCCUCUACAUGGCAAAGUACCCUGAGAUCCAGGAAAAAGUCCAGGCUGAGAUAGACAGAGUGAUUGGACAGUCCAGAGAGCCGUCCAUGGAAGAUCGUGCAAACCUGCCCUACACUGACGCCGUCAUACACGAGGUCCAGAGGAUGGGCAACAUAGUUCCUCUCAGCCUGCCUCAUGUUACCAACAGAGACGUCCAGCUGGGAGGCUACACAAUCCCAAAGGGAGUUGCAAUAAUCCCCAAUCUGACCUCGGUGCUGUAUGACAAAAAUGAGUGGGAGACGCCCGACACCUUUAACCCAGGACACUUUCUGAACGAGGAGGGCAAGUUUGUGAAGCCAGCUGCUUUCAUCCCGUUCUCUGCUGGUAAGCGGCAGUGUCCCGGGGAGAACCUGGCCAAGAUGGAGCUUUUCCUCUUCUUCACCUCCCUAUUGCAGCACUUCACCUUCUCCAUGCCUGCUGGGGUGAAGCCUGUUAUGGACUAUCACUUUGGCAUCACUCUGACACCUCUUCAAUAUGAAAUCUGCGCAACCUCACGCUAAGGGUAGCUCUGACAUGCAAGAUGCUAAAGUAAUAUGUUUUUUUCUGUCUUCAUUACUCAUGAUUAUGUCACUGUGACAGGGUUUAAUGAAUAUAUCAAACUGAUAUAUUUGGCUUUAAUCAUAGAUGACAUUUCAUGGGAUCCACUGUAGAUAUUUUCUAUGAUCAUUCAGGCUGCAAAUGUGUGAUAUAGUUAUUUUAUUUGCACUUUUCGUUUUGUUUAAUUGCAGUGACACUUCUGGUUUUUAAGGCUAGUUUAGCUUAGCCUGGCUCAAUUGUUUGAUAUUUUCAAUUUUUCAUUUACAAAGGUGAAUGAGUCACUUUGUCUACUGCUUACCAUAAAACAUUCUCAUAACGUGAAAAUGGACGGACUCAAAUUACAACAUACCAUCUUAAAAGCAGAAACGUUGUCACUGAGUGUCAAAAUCCCA